GGGUAAACAAGAGCUGUUUGGGUUCAUUUACUUGAACUAUUCUUUCUCUCACUCGAUAACUACACGCCCGACGCGCCCGAACACGAGACUCUGCAUCCAAGCGCUUCUUCCCACAUCCACGACGGCGACUUCCCGCUAGGCAACGCAGCUGCCCGCCCCGCUCGCUUCUACCACCCGCCGACACCCCACUGACGACCUCGGAGCACACGAGCUCUUCACACCACCCUACGCGCACCAUGUCGGGCGAGUUGGAUAUUGACUUCACGCGCCGAAACAAGAAGCCGCGCCCGCUAUCGGAGCACGAGAAGGAAAAGCUGGAUGAAUUUGUCGACGCGAUCCAUUACUCGGCGAGAUACUCGGACGACGCAUACGAAUAUCGCCACGUGCAGCUGCCUAAGCAGAUGCUAAAGGCUAUCCCAAAAGACUACUUCGACGGCGCGCGAGGCACACUGAAGCUGCUAUGGGAGGAGGAAUGGCGGGCACUGGGCAUCACACAGAGUCUGGGAUGGGAGCACUACGAGGUCCAUGAGCCAGAACCUCACAUUUUGCUUUUCAAGCGACCGAUCAACUAUCAGCCUCCCAUGCACUGAUUCAGCAUCAAACCGCGGCGCAGCCAAAGGUCUCCUCCACGUUGACUGAACACGCGCAGUAGCUGCGCACACCACCACGGCACACGAGACGGCCUAUUCGCGAUACCUUCUUUAUCCAUUUCCAGCGAGGCGCGUUAAACAUAACGACGAUAUGAUUACGGUGGUAUGAUCAAUGCGCUGGGGUUGUAGGUUUACGACCGGGUCGAAAGCGCGUCUCUAUAUCCAUUAUGAUAGGGUACCCGAAGCCCACAAUUGUACAUAUGGCCGAGGCAGGAGGGGUAAGGAGUACUGGACAUUGGGCAAGAUAAUAUGGAUUAGGUAUAUGGCUGUUAGUUGCUACGAGGGUUUAUGAUAGAUCCAUAGCUACCUCACCUGGUCCAAAUCUGAUACUUGUUGAAAUGAUCUUAUUGCACCAGAGU